AAUGGCAGCCAGCAGCAGUCCUCGUCAGGAGAGGAGGAACCAGACCUCAAAACAACGUGCGCGGCCAGGGUCCCCUUUAUCUCCACACGGCAGGGAGGCGUAUCCUUUCCCCCCUCUGCGCUCCCCUUCACAUACCACUCGCACUCUGCUUCUCUCUCCCCCUCUCUCUCUCUCUCUCUCUCUCUCUCUCUCUCUCUUGCUCCCUUUGCCUUUCGGCUGAAGCUAAGCCACAACCUGCUCCAGACGACGCCCUGUCGCCCAUGAGACUCCCGAGUCCACCGCGCGCCUGUUUCGCACGAGACGAAGCCGUCGGGCUCUCGUUAAUGUAACGUCAGGCUGCGCGCGCGAGCUGCAAGACGCGUCACUUCGGCGAUAACAGGGAGGAAAAAAAAUAAAGGAGGAGGAGGUGUUUGGAAGACGUCUGCAGCGGGAAGGAAAAGGGAUCCGCAUCUGAGAUGGCUGAGGUGUCACAAGAGGAGAGACUCCAGGCCAUCGCUGAGAAAAGGAAGAAGCAGACAGAGAUUGAAAACAAGAGGAGGCAACUUGAUGACGAUCGACGGCAACUUCAGCAUCUUAAGUCAAAGUCACUGAGGGAGCGUUGGUUGUUAGAUGGCGCUCCGGCGGAAGAGGAGACGCAGAGGCGUCUGCAGGAGGAUGAGAUGAAGACCAAGCUUCUGGAACAGGUCAUCCUCAGGCUGGAGCAAGAAAUUGAAGAACUGGAGACAGGGGUGCCAGCUAAUAAAGGUGUGGCCAAAGAAAAUGGUGAGAACGGAGUAGUGCAGACCUCUGGCCAGACCCCUAAGAGAGAGGUAACAGGGGUCCAAGCCAAGCUGCUGGGCCCCAGUCCUGAUCAAGCCAGUGAGGACAACCCGGUCACCCUGGUCUUCAUGGGCUACAAGACCGUCGAGGACGAGAAGGAGACGCACAGCGCCCUGGGCAUGGAGGGCGUGGACGGCAACGUGAAGGCCGAGUUUGUGGUGAUCGAGGACGGCGAGGGGAAGGCGGCGGACGCGGCCACGGACGAGCAGGCCCCGCCGAACGGCAGCAUGGCGGAGAAAGAGAAGGCCAACGGCGGCGGAGAGGAGGGAGAGAAGGAAAAGGAGAAGAAACAGACCUGCAAAUGCUGCACGGUCAUGUGAGGUGUGUGUGCGUGAGUGUGUGUGUGUGUGUGUGUGUAUGUGUGUGUGUGUGUGCGUGUGUGUGUGUGUGCGUGCGUGUGUGUGUGUGUGUGCGUGUGUGACCGACUGUGUAUGGGUGAGUACACACCUGCUCCUGUGCAGAGCCGUGUGCCAUUGCAUGAGUCCAUAUUUGCAAACGUAUGUAGCUUUUGUGUUCGUGUGGAAGUGUGUGUGUCAGGACUGAUUUACAGCUACACAGCCGAUAUCCCAACAAUGAGAGCCGACACGAGCUCCAGCUCCGAGAACCACAAAGACUCAUAAGUACACUUUACUCUAUAUACUUUCUCUGUAUUUGACUUUUGAUUUCUAUUGAUAUUUUUCUAUUUUUCUGUCCUGACCUUUAUAUCGUAGCCUACUCUGUGUGUUUAUCCUGAUUAUGAGACUGUGUACUGUAUGUUCAUCGUUCUUAUGGUUUUAAAAAAAAA